AUGGCGCGAGAGAAGGAUCUUGUUUGCGUCCAUAGGCACCACAUAAAAAUCCUUUAUUUCACUUGUGCCAUCCUUGCUGUGUUCUCCAUCAGUUGCUUCGUGGUCACUUUUAUCUUUCUGGCACAGCUCAGAGACGAUCUGAGCCAAAAAUGUUCCUGUCCGGACGGAGAAAUGCUCUUUGCUAUCACAGUUUCCCCACCGAGUUCCGAAGACGACGAAGACCCCUCUGGUAGCCCCAGGGCCAGCCGUGCAUCAGGGCACAGGAACCGGGCCAACACCACCAGCAACGGAGGAGUACGGGCGGAGUUGGGUUUGACGGCACGAAAUGAUAAUCAGAACGGACCCGAUGAUUUGCCGGGAUUUAGAAGGGUGCGCAAGGACAGCCCCGGGGGAAAAGACUUCAAUUUUCAGGGCGGCUCCAUCGAGGCCUACGCAAGACUUCCCAUCACUAUAUCGCUCGACUCUGUGAUAGCAUUUUGUAACAACACAUCAAGCAAAUGUCCUGCAGGUCCACCUGGUCCACAAGGGGCCACUGGAAGACCCGGUAAAAUCGGACCCUCGGGUCCAAAUGGGAAACGUGGUCCUGAGGGAACGGCGAGGAAUGAUGACGGAAAAAACUGCACGUGUGUGGAUAAGGAUUUGGAGAACCAGAUAGAAAUGCUUCUGGUCAGUACAGCUAAGCUAUCUGCCCAGAGUGGUCCUCCAGGCCUGCCAGGCCUGCCAGGCCCCAAAGGUCAGUCUGGUGACCCUGGCCUUCAAGGGGAAUCUGGUGAACCAGGUCAGGAUGGUGAACCGGGAGCUAAGGGUCAGAGUGGUGAUCCAGGACCAGAGGGUCCACCGGGAGAAAAGGGUGACACAGGAGACGUCGGUCCAGAGGGUCAGCAGGGAGAGACUGGACCAGUGGGUCAAAAGGGUGACGAUGGUGAUAUGGGUCCUCAAGGAAUCCAGGGAUCGUUUGGCCCGAAAGGUCAGAAGGGUGACCUUGGUGAGACUGGACCUGAAGGCCAGCAUGGUCGGCAUGGCAAGGCCGGGACAAAGGGAGAUAAAGGUCAGAGAGGUGAAGUAGGCUCAUGGAGUCCAUCAAGGGUCAGAGGUGACAUGGGAAAUGUAGGAGGUUUCGAUGAAGUUGGAUCGGGUCAGCAGAAUGGUUGCCUCUGUGUCAAACAAGGCGAUAUUCAGACAGAAGAAGAUUUGCGCCAAGCAAACGGUGCUGCUUCUGAGAGGCAGGUGGUCUUUAUUGGACAACCUGGACCCCCAGGUCCAGUAGGUCCCAAGGGUCAAGAUGGGGAGAUAGGGCCGAAGGGUGAUGAUGGCCUCCAAGGGCCUCCAGGAGUAAAUGGCACUGGGAUGAAAGGUCAGAAGGGUGAGAGGGGUCGCAGGGGUGACUUGGGCCCACAGGGACCACCGGGUGCUGAUGGCGAACUGGGUGUUGAAGGAGACAGUGAGCUACCCGUCCUCGUCCGACUUCCGGGAUUAAAAGGUGACAUGGGGCCGUCUUGUAAUGCAAGUGAAAUGCUGAAGGAAAUCCUGCAGUUGGAUAACAAGACGCUACAGUCUCUCCAUGGACCUCCUGGGCCUCGAGGGUACCAAGGGAUAAGGGGACCUGAGGGCAAGCCGGGCAUAGAUGGUGCCCCAGGGGCACCUGGUGAAAAGGGUGACCCUGGGGAGCAUGGAAGUGAUGGAUCACCUGGUCCAGUUGGGCCUACUGGUCCCAGGGGAACCCCAGGUUCCAAGGGUCUAGCGGGAUCUUUAGGGUAUCCAGGGGAGAACGGGAGCAAUGGUACAGUUGGACCGCCAGGUCUGCCUGGGAAUCCAGGGUCACCAGGUCCAUCGGGCAUUGAUGGGUUACCAGGGGGACUGGGGGACAGGGGUGAGGAUGGGCUACCCGGAAAACAGGGUAAAAGGGGUGAGAAGGGUGAAAGGGGUAUGGACGGGUUACCAGGUCCAGUUGGUCCACCUGGCUCGAAUGGUACCACUAUAAAUGGGAGUCCAGCAGGGGCCCCAGGGCCACCAGGCAUUGAUGGGGUACCGGGUGGGAAGGGAGAGCAGGGUGAUAAGGGUCUGGAUGGGGUACAAGGGGUGAAAGGAGAAAAGGGUGAGAGGGGUGGGGAUGGGUUAGCCGGUGAACGGGGACUUCAAGGAGAGCCUGGAGUGGAUGGGAACCAGGGACCUACUGGAGCAAAGGGUGACAAAGGAGAUAUGGGUAAAAUGGGCCCCGUUGGCCCACCAGGAAGGGACGGGUCCAGGGGUCAUUCAGGAACCAAGGGGGAGAAGGGUCACCAAGGAAUCGCUUCGGGCAUGAUUCAACUUGGAAAUGAUGGAGAGCUUGAAAAACAAGUAAAGGUGACCGCUCCACCUCCCGUUCACACACCCAAAUUACCACCUCCUCUCAGAAAAACACCAAUGUCUGAGUGUUCACUCAUGAGCAUAGGAGAUCCUGUUGACCAUCACUAUGGCAACACAUUCUGGGGAUCAUGGAUGCAGGAUACAGCUCCAGACCCACCGCACCCUGACAUGAUAUGGGUCACUAAACACAUAGUUGGAGAUGUGGUUUACGAGUACAGUAACAUGGGUUCCAUGAAGUCAAAUAGAUACUCAAGGUACUAUCGGCUUUCCUACUUUUGGGCUGGCACCGGCCACGUCGUCUACAACCACGCCCUAUACUUCCACACUGGCGGCUCAGCGGAACUCGUACGCUUUGAUUUCACCACCGAGACCAUCACAGCGCGUAACUCCAUCCCAGCCGCCGUUUACCAGCCGCAGAACGGGGUCGGGUACCUGUACGACUCGGACUACACCUAUCUGGACCUCGCCAUCGACGACAAUGGAUUGUGGGUAAUAUACAAGACAGUUGAGCAUAAUGAGAAUCUUGUCGUGUCCAGACUCAAUCUUGAGAAUCUUUCGGUUUUUGAAACGAUCGUUUCCGAGCAUCCUCAAAGCUCGGCAGGGGACGCCUUCAUUAUAUGCGGGAUACUCUACACCACGAAAAGCUCCAAGAACCGGCACUCCACUGUGGACUUUGCAGUGAAUUUAUUCACAGGGGAAGUUUUGCUUGAUACGGAUAUUCCCUACGAGAACUCACAGUCACAAUCCACUAUGAUGUCAUUCAAUCCACGGAAACAGUUGAUUUAUGCUUGGGAUAAGGGGAAAAUGAUCACUUAUAGUAUCAGUGUUAACUGAACAGGAGAUUCACAUUCAGGAAAAUGAUAUUCAGCUUAAAUUUUCUUGAUUUAGAACAAACCUUAUCGGGAGAUGGGGGCUCCAAUAAGAGAAUAAUUAUAUCCCAAUUAGGGUAGUUUUGAUAGUAGACAAAGAUCUAUAUUCGAAACAGUUCCAAAAUCCCAAAGUCGUCUCUUGUGAAAACAAUUAUUACAUCCCACCGGAUCGUGCCAAAAAUGUAUUUUUAACUGCUUUUUAAGUGUAUAGUCUGUGAUGUAGUGUAGGAAAAUGAAAAAGCAAAAUAUCUAACAAAUUUAAAAAAAGGCGAAAGAAAUCUUUUGCUCAGCUUCCUAAAAAACUAAACUGUGUUAGGCGCAAAAAUUGUGAAUGGCCUCAUUUUGCUAAUAAAGGUUUGGACUAUGAGAAAGAUUGUAACUGCGAUACAUGUUAUCUGAAAAGCUACCUUUGCUUUAAUGACAAAGUCAAAGUUUAUCAACGGAAUGUGGCACUUUUCUCAAAUUUCACUCAACUUUUGAGAUAUUUGCAUCCUCGGGUAUUGGGCUCCACCAAAUAGAUCAAAUUACGGUCCUAUAAGAAUUAAACAAUGCAAUAAUGUUUACCCUCUUUUUAUUGGAGCAGGUCUCAACGGUUUUAAAAGAUGUAACCCCACUUAGCUUUUUCUCACCCCAAAAUUGUACUUUUAAAAAUAAAGACAUGUUACAGAGUUGUAUUAAAAAUACUCAUCAGAAUUAAAUUUUAAGUUAUGAUCAAUACCUAUUAAAAGCAGUGGACACUAUUGGUUGUUACUCAAAAUAAUU